CAAUUUUCCCUUAUUUUUUUUUUUUGAAUUCCUAAUACCCUUUAAAUUAUAAUUCAAAUUAACAAAAACUACUGCCUGCCACUCUACUUUUUCCACGAAAUUUUAGAUUCUUCUUCACAUGAAUUAACAAAAUGCGAAGGGUAUUUUGGUAAUUGAGACUUACGGCUAGGGUUUUGUGUUUGAUCCUAGAUGCAGAGAGUUGGCUGGAAAAGUCUCUAAUCUGUAGUCUCUACAUACAUACAUAUAUAAGUCACUUAUUAGGCACUCUGUUCUCCUAUCUAUCCCCUGUUUUUGUUCUGUUUUCCUUCUGGAAUCUCUCCAUUUUCUAUUCCUCUGUUUCUUUAGUCCCUUGUUUCAGGUACACUUUUGCGAGUGCUUCUUUCUUUUUCUACCUUAAUCAGGAGGAACCAGAGAUGCAAAGGUUUGUUCAACCAAGGGGAGUUAAGGAGGUAAACAGAAGCUGUGUAGAUUGUCACACAACAAGAACGCCCUUAUGGAGAGGUGGUCCUGCUGGGCCGAGGUCACUCUGCAAUGCUUGUGGGAUCAGACACAGGAAGAGAAAAAGAGCUCUUCUAGGGUUGAGCAAAGAGGGAAUAAAGAAGAGUAGAAGUAAAGAUGGAAUAGAACUGCUGUUGCGGAGGGAACUGCUAAGAGAGGAAGAACAGGCUGCCGUGCUUUUGAUGGCACUGUCUUGUGGCUCUGUUUAUGCCUAGAACACAGAGGGAAAUUCUUGAAAUUUUGAAAAAGAAAACCAAUAUGUGCCAUUUUAUUUUAUUACUAACAGAAAUGAGUUGGAAAACAUACAUGGACUGUUAAUUUUGUAUCUGUGGAACUGGAAAUCUGUUGUAAUAAGAAAGUAGAAAUUAUCAUUUCAUUUAAAUUCUAGAGCUUGUAGGAAAUAGAGAUUAAGGAAAAUUUUUCUUUCAACAAAAUUAAACUUGAAUACAACCUGCAAUUUGUA